AGAAGGAGAAUGAAGCCACAAAAUCAAAACCCUUGCUCAGGCAGCAUCAGCUCAUAUUGCAGGGACUUUCUGGAAGUUUAAUCAGCUCAAAAGAAAUGAAAUUGCACAAUGAGCCCGAUCUCAUUAUUAAAGAGAAACUUACAGCAGAAUAACUACAAUGAGCAGGUGGCCCAAGAUGAAUACACAAGUCGUUUUGAAAAUCUUUACCUCUACUUGAGAUAAAGACCUAAGAUAGAAAAUAUAACUGUAACCAGAUAUUCACUGAUACUUUUUAAAAACUGUCCGACAUUAAAUGAGCCCAAACAUUACGCUUUUAAGUGAGAAAAAUUCAUAUUUCAAUUUCUGACAGCCAGCAUUCUGUUAUCAAGGCAUCAUAGUGGUGAGUCUCCUGAAAGUCUGUUGUUAUGUUUUAGUGAAUUUCUUACAGAAAACCCAAAGUAGAAAAUGGCAGUGUGGUAAUAGUUCUGAUCAUUUUCAAAUAUUGGAGAAUAUUUUUCCGCUGUGUGUUAUGAUUGUGGUCAAGGUUUUAACAAACUAUAAUUCAUUUAGUGUCUAAAAAAAAAAGAAAUAGUAACAAACAGACAAAUUGCAAAGUAUGAAUCAGUGAGAGGAGGAGACCAGGAUGGACUGAAUAAGCCAUUUGUUUGUCCCUCUGUUGUCCUGCCUGGCCUUACUCGGUGCUUGGUGCCUGGCUUCCAGGGUAUCUCCCUCUGCCUGUAUCGACCUCUGACAUCGUUGCAUUGGCCUUUUCUGCUCCUGUGAGAGCAACUCUAAACCGUGUGUUUAUCUCGACGUCUGGAGCACUUGCUGCAGGCCUGAUGAUGCAGGGACUUGGGAAGACGGAGAGGGGAGAGCAGGGACGCGACAUCGACCUGGCAUCGAUGAGAUCCACCAUGCCAGCCGGCGGCCAACUGCAGGGAGUUUCCACACCCACCUUGAACAUGAAUCUGUAUGCCACCAAGAAGACAGCAGCUGAAGGCAUGCUAGACAUCGCUUUGUUCUUGGCUAACAUCACGCACAUGAAGACUGUCAUUGAACAAGGAGCAGGAUACAGGUACUAUGCUGCUGUCCUGACCCUCAUAUCCUUCUCCCUGGCUCUUCAGAUAGUUGCCGGCGUUUUGAUUAUUAUAAUCGCCCGACGGGACUUAAAUGAAGAGGCCAACCAGAAACGCCUGGACAGCUUGAACAACAAAGCAACUCUUGCUAUCUUCCUCAUCUUCAUCACCAACAUCUUUAUUUCUGUCCUUGGGAUGGAGCGCACCGGCCUAUUUGCCAGGAUGCACUUCUGACUCUCAAUUUUUGCCGAAUGAUGUUUAUUUCUAACACAUCUGAUCAGACCGAAUUGUUCUACUCACCGAAUAACACGCUUUUUAUUUCAUCAAGUGUGAAUGGACUGGGCCAAAGGACCAACUACUUGUGUGACUGUCUCCAUUUUGUUGUCUGUCUGUGCAUGUGCGUCUGUCGCGUGUAUGUGCUACGGAUGUUUGUGAACGUGUGUCUGCACAGCCCGUUUCGAGCUGACACUCCUCCCCUCGUGCCGACGAUGUUUGAACUUCCUGAAUAAUCUGGUCACUGGCAUUAUCUUCCUCACCCUCCUUGUAAACAUCAUCAAAGCUGCAUUUGGCACACAACGCAGCUGCCUUCUCCGGUGGCUAUUUCAUCGCUUUAUCUUAUGAGUCACACUUAGCUAAUGUACAGUAAGUACAUUAAUUCAUAGUCAUAACUUUGCAUUUAAAUUUCCAAUGAAAAUUUUCAUAAAAACCCAUAUUGUUUGUGUAUUUACUCAAAAUAACAACAUGUGGGAUGUACAGGGUGGUUUUUCCCCAUUUCUUCCCAAACUACUGACGGCAUUAAGAUCCCGACUCUGCGAUUGGUUGUUUCUGACCAGGAGCAGUGCAUUUCUGCAAAUGGCAGAAGGACCACAUGGAGGAGGCAGAGAAAAUAGAUUUUUUUCUUUCACAGAUUAUCUGUCUCAUGUUAUACUGUCACAAUAUAGUGAGUACAGUACUUUUAACAAAUAACUAAAACAUUGUUUAUAAAAAGGUGCAUACAGCAGCUUUAAAGGUCAUAGAAGCAAAACAAACUACCAGACCUCAACAACAAAUAGCUUUAGUUACAUACCUAAAAAGAUUUUUUUACUAAAAAGCCAUUUUAAAAAAUGUCUCGCUGAAAUAAAACCCAUGGUUUACAAUGUGUCACUACAACCAAUAGGUGGCUAACUUAGCAUAGAGCAAAACUACCGUAGUUUUUAAGCUAUGCCAACAUGCUGUUAGCUUUCGACAGGUAUUGACAAAAAGCUUAAGGUUAUUAUUAAUAAUAGCAGUAUUAUUCAUGUAUUAUGAAUGGAUGGAUGGAUAUUAGCUGUAGAUGGUUAGCUAGCUUAGCACAGAGGAAGCCUUGAAUUUAAAAACAAUGCACUUUAGCGAUAUAGCAGUUAUACUUUUUAGUUAUUAUAUUGUAAUUAAAGUACAAGCCUAACAAACCAAUACUUAAGAAUCAAAGUAAAGUGACCAAAUAUCGAACCCAUCAAAGAUGCUCUCAUAAAUCUGAGACUUUAAACAGAUAGUGGUGCACAAAAUGCUGGAUAAAAUGCUGUUCUAUUCUUAGAAGUUAAAAGUAACAGAUAUAAGCCAGAAAACAGUCAUAGGCCUAUACUGCAAUAUGAUUAAUUUAACUUUUCCAGUUAAAGACAAGUUUGAGCUUAUUUACACCAAGGUUUUGCUGUCAUAAAGAAGUCUCAAUUUUGUUUUCCAGUUGAAAUAUAAAAUAGGCAACACGGAGGCUGGAGAGGUGUAUGACUGAAUUGUAUGAAUGCAUGGAAAGGACAAUUGUGAGAGUGUAAGCAACAACCGUAUGGGUGCGUGUGUGUUUGAUGGUAAUGUGGGAAAUUGUUUGUUGUGUCUGAAUGUGCAUGCAUGUGUGUGUGUGUUUGUUUGUAUGUUGUAGCCCGCAGGGACCUGAAUGUGGUGUCCAAUCAGAAGCGACUCGACUACUUGAACAACGUCACCACGGGCGUCAUCUUUGUCACCACUGUGAUCAACUUCUUCGUUAGUUUCUUCGGCUCCAAGAGGACCGGCUUCUUCCGCUGGUUGCUGGCUAGACUUCACUACUGACACAGACAAGGCCGCAGACGCCAUCUGAUUUACACUGACACAGCUCAACGAUCAGGACAAAUUCAAUCAAUUAACACCUUGAUCCGAGACAAAAUUAAGACAAAUAAAUGGACUCUUUGUAAAGACACUCAAACUAUAACCUAGCUAAAAUGUUUGUUUCUUUUGUGGGGCUAUGAUUUUCAGACUUUUAUACAAAUGUUGGGCGUUUUCUGUCUUGCCUGUUUAAUGAAUUUCAGUAAACAUUUUUACUCCAUAUUUGUACUUAACUUAAAAAUCUGCUCAAAAAAUGCUUUUGAGGUUCAGUUUCAGUGAGAAAUCAGGGUUGAUGACUGUAAACUUUCACCUUCAGAAACUUGAAUAAAUCCCGUGUUUGAAGAAACCUUGGGCUGUCCUUGUUUAGUUUUUACAAAGAAGUAAAAUAUUAAAGGAUGUCCAUGAGCAUUAAAGCAGGCAUCUUGAAAUAAAGUAAAAAUUUUCUCUGUAUUAUUUUUAUUGCUAUAUGG